AUGAAACAGGCUCUUAAGCGCUCCAACAUCAUGAUCUUUGCAAGUGAAGUGCCUGUUAUAAGUGCUCUGAAUCCGUAUCGUACGAUCGAAGACGUUUUUCUCAACGUCUGGCGUCGUACGAAUCCGCGACAAGUCUCUGCAUUGCAAGAAGAUCUCGCUAUGUCCGUCCUCCCCAGUCAGGAAGAAAAGAUGCGAACUAUUGUCCAGGACUUGGGGGUCGCCCAAGCCAUUGAAAAGCUACUUCAAAAGGCCUCGAAAGCUGACACGAUCCAACAGGUGGCACAAGCUCAAGCUCAACUGGUGCAAUCAUUACCGACUACCACUCCCCUUGACGUCAAGUCGGACGUGGUUCAGUUCGUCACGUCGUCCAUGCACAAAGAGUUUGGGGUGAAACAUGAAAGCGCAGGUAUUCAAGCGUAUGAGAAAAAGGAACGUGUUGUCGUAAAUGACCGAAACGUCAAGUUUGCCAAGCGAAAGGUCGCGACACAUGGGACUUUCACCGUAAGUGUAGGCGGAAAAAUCGAUGGACGAGCUGAUGGCAAAGUCAUUGAAGUGAAAAAUCGGCUCCGAAAGUUCUUGUCACCAUUGCCCAAGUAUGAUGUCGCUCAAUUGCAGACGUAUUUGUUUAUUCUUGGAGCUCAAGAAGGCGAGAUCGUUGAGCACUUGCAUGCUGCGACGACGCAGACGAAGAUGACGCCAGUGGCGUGGGACGGAAAGAUGUGGCAUGCAGACAUUGCGCCGUACCUUGUCAAGUUUGGCAGUGCGUUGACGUACUUGAUGCAAGAUACCGUGGUGCAGAAGGACUAUCUUCAGUCGGAUAGUGCACAGCAGCGUGAGAUAAUCAAAUACCUCUGGAGUCGUGAAGUGCAGCAGACGAUGCCAUGA